GGAAACGAGAACACCGCCUCCUUUGUAUUUUGAAAUAAGAACACCCUACCUUAUCUCCUCACCCGAGAAGAAGAAGAAGACGACGACGACGAACGCCGUGCCCAGGACGAAGAAGAAGGCUCGAGAAGAUCCUCUCCAGGUGAGAAACGACGAUGACGGUGAAGAAGGAGCUCCCUCAGUCAUGGUGGUUCGAUAGAUGCGGUAGUUUCAGGCAGUCCCCGUGGUUGUUAUCGACUCUUUCAGAACUAGAAGAGAAGACCAAGCGAAUGCUGAAACUGAUAGAGGAAGAUGCUGACUCAUUUGCUCAGCGUGCAGAGAUGUACUACAAGAAGAGACCCCAACUGGUGAACAUGAUUGAAGAUUUCUAUCGAGCUCACCGUUCGUUGGCUGAGCAAUAUGACCUGUUCAAGUCAGGAGGUGGAAUACGUCGCACCACACCAUCUGGUCCCUCUUUCUUGGACAAAAGUUGGUCACAGAAGGUAAUGAACAGCACAAUGGAGGAGUCAUCAGUGCUUUCCUCGGACAUGUUUGAUUCUGAGGAUUCUGAAGUCGAUGAUCCUGAACAAGAAGAAGCUGAAGCAGAGAGCAAGCUGAGGGAAGUACCAGAUAAGAAGAGCGACUAUGAUGUGGUGAAGCAGAUGAGCGAAGAACUGGAAAGACUUAAACAGGAGAAUGCAACUCUGAAGGCUGAGCUAGCAGAGAAAGAUGAAGAGAAGAGGGAGGUAAUCAGACAGCUUGCUUUGCCCUUGGACAUCCUAAAGGACGAAAACGCCAUGUUGAGGAAGUGCAUCAAGGAUCCAAAGAAAUCAGGCAGCCAUUUUGAAUUCAAGAAACUGACAAAAGAAAUAUUUUCAGGGAGAUUAUUUGCUGGUCUCUCAAAGCCUCAGACUUCAAUCGUGGCCCUCUAAUGAUAUCUGCAGUGUGGUAUAACAUCUUGUAGAAUUGACAUUGUAUCUUUAUAACUAAUUUAUAGGGUUAAGAGUGUGUGAGCUUGGCUUGGCAAUGUGCUUUGAUGGAAAUUCAAUAUUUUGGCCAAAUUUUCUAUGUAUAUCUGAGAAGAUAGCAUACUUUUGGAGCGUUAGACCUGCCCAUAUAUGUAAUCUUUCCUUGUGACAUUCUCUCUUAAGUAGAAUUACUGUAAACCCAGGAUGUCUCUGUGUAGAAAUGAUAUCGGUAGCUUCUUUCCGGUUUGGCUUUAACAUUCUGGUUGUUCGAUGUACUGAAAAUUCUCUAUAAAGAUGGAGUGUCAGCGUGCGCGUGCGUAUUCACUGUU